AUGGAUAGCACAACCAAGCGGCAUUUUCGGAGUACCUCUAAAUCUACGGACGUCGAGGGGAUCUUCCGAUUAAGUGGAUCCGCCAAACGUAUCAAGGAUCUACAAGAAGCCUUCGAUUCUCCCGAUCGCUUUGGUAAGGGUCUCGAUUGGACAGGAUAUACCGUGCACGAUGCAGCCAACAUCCUUCGUCGAUACCUGAACCAGCUUCCGGAGCCAAUUAUACCCCUAGACUUUUACGAACGGUUCAGGGACCCUCUACGCAAAUACCAAUCACAAACAGCUGAAGACAAGAAUACCACCUCUUCCAAUGAAGAAGAACUGUUCGACCAUGCUACAGCAGUCACUACGUACCAACAGCUUAUAAAGGAACUUCCUCCGUUAAAUCGGCAGCUUUUGCUUUAUAUUCUCGACCUUCUGACAGUAUUUGCAUCGAAAUCUGAAGUCAAUCGCAUGACAGCAGCUAACCUAGCGGCUAUUUUUCAGCCAGGAUUGCUAUCCCAUCCGGUGCACGACAUGGCACCGAAAGAAUACAAAUUGAGCCAAGAUGUUUUGAUAUUCCUUAUUGAGAAUCAGGACAAUUUCUUGUUUGGUAUGACCGGCACUGCUGCUGAUGCACAAACAGUAAAGGCAAUGCAGGCUGGAAAUGCGACCAAUAACGCCCGAUCCUCCCUUAGACGAUCUGCCUCCAAUGCAAGCGGAAAGGCAGAUAGUAUACGAAAGUAUGAUACUCUCCGACGGAAUGUGUCUGUCUCGUCUAAGCACUCCAAAAAUUCAACAUUUGAUUCAGCAAGUCCCACCACCAACUCGAUUGGCGGAGGAACGCUUGGCGUACAUCGUAGCAACACUGUCCCUUCAAAAAAGGUGGUGGGGAUCCCUGCUACACAAUUCACCCGCCCUCGUGAGCCAGCAGGCUCCGGAUCCGGUCUCCCCACGCCAUCUAUUCACUCCAGACGUCAAUCCUCCGGUCAAAAUCCUUCACCCAAACUGGUAGAAGAUGCUGUUGACAAAAAGAUAUCUGACUCGCCAUCUCCUUUGAACAUGAAUGACGGCUUGGGAUUGGUCCAGAACAAUGGACACACACCCCUGGGUUCCCCUGAUGAACUUGCUACGCCUCAGGAGCUAGUUGCUUCGAAACCGGGCACCCAACAAUCGGCUGGAACCCCGACGAAAGAAAGGAAACUAUCUUCUUUAUUCAAGUCUAUCCCACCAGAGGGCGAGCGAAAGGAUGGGCGACAGCCCAACAGGUUGAGGAAGAAGCGCCCAGUUCCCGGAAGUGCAAGCGAAAGUGCGAGGAGUUCUAGCCACUCUUUGCAUACUGGACCGGAGACCUCAUCUGGAGCGUUAGUAUCGCAAGCCAUAGCUGAUAAGCGGGAGGGUUCAGACGAUCAGUUGCAUAUGUCAACCCCCAAAGUAACAAAUUCAGCUGCCACACCUACGACUGACGCUACACCACAGCCGAACUGGGGAAGUAAAGUCAGCCGCUCAUAUAUCUUCGGAGAGCACUCUGAAGCCCGGCAGAUCGAGGACCCCGUCAAUGCAUUCGCGUUCAUCUGUGACCGAUCAUUUCUGAUUUUGAACACCAGGAUGAUGCAAACCGCACAAACGAAAAAAGACCACAGCCGAUGGGAACACCCUCGUUGGGGUGAAACGAACGUGAACGGUCAGAUAUGA